AAGUCAGGAGUGAGGACGAAGAAAGAAUGAUGGAAGUUGGGUGAAAGUGGAGAUAGAAAAGAAAAGACCUUUGAAAAUAAGUUGAGAAGUCCGUGGGGCCUCUACAGUUUUGCCUGGCUAGGUUAGUCUCUCUCCGCUGGCAGCGUUCCAAGGUUGCCCGUUUCCUUGGAGACCAGCCGCUACCAGCAGAAAGCGCCUGGUCUCAUUGGGAUCCAUUCUGAGACAAGAGGUGACAGAAGCCUCAUUGGUAUCUGGAGACAGUCUGUACCCAGAGGAUCUGGAUUCUUUUCCCCAAUGGCACAGAAACACACCUCUAGAACUCAAGUCUCGGGGAACAAGUUUCAAGUACCUGUGAGAUCGGGGUUAGAGAAGAACUUGAAGCCAUCUACUCUGCCUCCCCUCCGACAAGCCAAAGGCCGCAACAAAAGCAAAACGAAGAGUCUGACUAAAAUCCAACCAGCAGUACAGUCCCAGGUCUCUGUAGAGAUGGCAAACACAACAAAGACUUCACGAGGACUUCGAAGAAGGGACCAACCGCACCACGGGAAAUUGCAGGCCAAGGUCCGGCUGAUGAGGUCGAUGCUUCGAAACCAGCGGGCCUCGCUCCAAGAAGUCUACAGCCACGAAGGCUACCUCAGCAAGCUCAGCCAAGAGCUGUUCCAGGAAAUCUUGAACACUGAGAACAGCAUGGCCUUGAGCGUGCGUGAAAUGCUACAGCAGCAGAGCGUCCUCCGGAAUAUCAUCGACAUCUUGGAGUACUCAAACAAGAAGCAGGUGCAGCAGCUGAGGUCUGAGCUCCAGGAGUGGAAAGAAAAGGAAGAGAGCAAGAUGAACAGCCUUCAGUGCGAGGUGGAUCGGCUGAACUCUGAGAUCCAGAAGGCCAGCCAGGAGGUGAUUUUCCUGAGCACCUACAUGGAUCAUGAGUAUCCCAUCAGGUUGGUUCAGAUUGCCAAUCAUGAGCGCCAGGUGCAGCAGGCAAAGGACAGCCAGCAGGAAGAGCUGGACAGCCUUAAGGAGAUGCGGGAAAACAUUCUGGCAUUUUUUUCCAAAACAAUUCAAGAGAAGAAGAUGAGAAUCCUGAAGGCUCUAGUGGUGGAUAUCCAGAAACCCCAUGAGAACAUACUUCUGCUGAAGACCCUGCACAGUCGGCGCCUGCAGAAGUGCAUGUUCUGGUUCAGAGAGCUUAUUGAACAGCUGAAAGAAGAGAUUCCCAUAUUACUCUCAGAGGUGGAGCAAAUGUAUGCAGAAAUCUGGAACCCACGAGAGGCUGUGUUUAAGGAUGUUCUGCUUCAGAGACCCAAGUGCACCCCAGACAUGGCUGUUGAGCUCAACAUUCCUGUGCAGGACCCAUUUUCCCUUCUAGACGACAGUGUUGCCUCCUCUCCUCCCUCCUCUCCCCCCAGAACCAGGGGUUUCAGCUGUUGACUUUACAAGAUGGUAUCUCUGUUAUGAAUCUGGCCACAGUCCUCUACCCCUCUCCAUUGCUGCUUGGACUAGGCAAGAAUUCUCAGUCCAGCCUGCUUGCUCCUUGGUGCCAAUAAAGCUGUUUGUGUUUACUUGG